AUGCCCAAACCAGUCCUUAUCACCGCCAUUACAGUGGGUGACCUAAGAGGAACUUGCGCUCACUUCCUGUUGACAACUGAUACAUGUCACUAUAACCACAGGGAUUUCCAUGAUGUUGAGUACAUCUACAGCACUUACGUUAACAAAGUGAAGGUUAUGGACUACAACAGCACUCUCAACAAAUUCACCGGAUAUACAGCAUUCGGCAUGAAAAAUGCAGAGGCAUUUAACAAUGACCCCAUAUUGUUGGCAUGGAGACACAGUUCUGUUCACAACUUUUGUAAACAUCCUGGCACUAUUUUCUUCGAAAAUAUAUUUGACAAGGCAGAACAUCCCCUCCCCCUCCUCCUAGUCAAGCCAUAUGUGAGACUCAGAUUGAUCAAGUCUCACAGAGGCAACCAACCAGCUAUGCUCAUGUGCAGCGCACACAAGUUUUACCCUAAGAACAUCAAGGUGACAUGGCUUAGAGAUGGCCAAGUGGUGACAGCGGAUGUCACCUCCACAGAGGAGCUAGCAGAUGGAGACUGGUUCUAUCAGUUUCACUCUUAUUUAGAGUACUUCCCUAAAGCGGGAGAGAGACUGUCCUGUCUGUUGGAGCAUCUCAGCUUCAAAGAGCCUAUGGUGUUUGACUGGGAUCCUACAAUGCCUGAAGGUGAACGGAAUCAGAUACUCCUUGGGGUCUUCGGACUGGGAAUAGGCGUUGUUGUGGCUGCUGCUGGGCUAGCGUACCACAGGAGAAGGUCCUGUCAUGACCGUUAAAAACCAAAGGGUGCUUAAAUAUGU